AGCCGAGUGAGUUGUCCGACACGUGAAUGUGGCAGGUUUUCUCUAGAUAUUUUAGGUUCCUCCAGCACUAACACAAGAUCAAUAGAAUAUUAAUAUCUAAAUACACAAGGCUGACACUUUCGUACAGUACAUUAAAUUGAAUUAUUAGAAGAAAAAAAAAUAAUUUAGUUUGUGUUCGUGGUACCAAGUUAACAUUUAAUAAGUUGUAUGUUUACUAAAGAGAUCGGUUAAAGUUCCCACACAAACAGUGGUAGUUUAGCUGAACAUUACCAUAUUCAACAACGGUGAUUAUCUACUAACUCCCUAGAUAAAGUAUAUACAACCGGUUGAUCAUUUUAACCAAAGAAAAAAAACUUGGGUGUUGGUGGAAACAAAAUAAUGGUUUCAUCAAGGACUUGACAAAUUUGCAGGAUGCACAGACUUAACAAACUGUGUCAGAGAUGGGUGCUGGAUGCAGUACUGACCCAUCCUCCACCAUUAGUGGCAGUCGUUCUAACAAUUUUUUUUUCUGUCUUUGCUGUCGGCUUUUGGUGUGCUCAUUGGCUGGAUCAAGUUGACUUAGCAGCUUACAGAUCACUUAAUGUUUUCUCUGAUAACAUCAAAAAUGAAAACCUGCUAGAAAAAAUGUCCAGUGGCCUUCCCAUCGACGUGGUGUAUACAUGGGUUAACGGGUCUGACCCAAUUCUGUUGGAGGGACUGAAAUCUCUGUCAGUGGCUAAGGAAGAUGAAUCGUGUUCACUCUCUCACUGUCUGCCAGCUCCAUAUAUUAGCUUGCUGGACUCGCCUCUCUCCAAGGCUGUAAUAGAAUUGAUACCUUCCGUGAUUGAAGUGGCACAUAUGUUAAUUACACAUAAUCGUCAUCCACACAACUUCACUCUGAUUCGUGUGGCUGAAAUGACUAGCAUUCCUCAAGUGUUAGAAAAAUUAUCACGUGCUGCUGGAAAUGGAUCACAGCCCAAACAAGCUUACUGGACUUCGGAUGUUGGUGGUGGGUGGGGGAUGAAGCAGCAACACGCAGUAUUGGUGACAGGUGGUGGCAAUAUUCCCCACAAAAACCUCUUAACCUCCCUGUUUCCUCAACAAGCAGCUAUUACAUCAACAUGCAAUGUGUCUGGCUCCUCAAGUGUACAUCUGCUAGAGUGUAAGGAAGAAGGACUCAUCACCUAUUUGUUGAUGUCUAAAGCUCACACGGAGAUUUUACCCGACACUGUAAUUAAAAUCCGACAAGCAAUGUUAAUGUUGCAGCCAGAUAGGGAAGAUCACAUGAAGAUAAUAGAUGCAAACAGAUUCGAGGAUAACGAGGAACUUCGAUAUUCAUUGCGGUCGUUAGAGAAGUACGCUCCGUGGGUUAGAAGAAUAUUCCUAGUGACAAAUGGACAGAUUCCCUAUUGGCUUAACCUGGAUCAUCCACGACUUACUAUCAUAACGCACGAAGAAAUAUUCACAAACAUCAGCCACCUUCCCACUUUUUCGUCGCCAGCAAUUGAAAGUCACAUUCACAAAAUUCCUGGAUUAUCAGAACACUUCCUGUACCUAAACGAUGAUGUGAUGCUUGGCUCAGUGGUCUGGCCUGAGGACUUCUAUUCCCCAGCAUCUGGUUAUAAGGUGUACCUAUCUUGGUCCCUACCCGAAUGUUCAUCAGGAUGUCCCGGCUCGUGGCUGGGAGAUGGCUACUGUGACACAUCUUGCAACACGACAGCCUGUGAAUGGGAUGGUGGGGACUGCAUGGGAGAGAAGGGGGAAGGAGAUUUGCUAGACUUUGGCGAUGAAUAUGGCGUCGAUGUAUCUGUCGAGUUCUGUGCUCCCUCGUGUUCGGAUCUUUGGUUGGCCGAUAAAUACUGUGACCAGUCAUGCAAUAUACAAGCUUGCGGUUUUGAUGGAGGGGACUGUGGAUUGGACGAGAUCAAGGAGCUGUAUAGUUUGCCUGCCCCCACAUCAUACAAUGUUACUUACGUACUUCCUAUGGGUGUGAGCGUCGCGUGGCUUAACGUCUCGUCGCUGUUAGCCUCCGGGAAAGCGAUAGAAGGCUGGCACUCUGAGCACCGAGGCCUACGCAGCAUUGCCCUCAACGUGGCUCAGGGUGUACUCUUUAUUAUCCUCAAAACAAACAUUACGGCUACAUUGAAGAUCGAGUUGGAUAUUAAAAACAAGAACCAGGAAGAAAAGUCUGAUAAGAAGAGAGAUCUAGUUAAGUAUGUGCUCACGAUGAAAUGCAACACAUAUCCCGCUGACAAGAACGCGACCACCAAGCCUGAACACAAAAUUACUUCAAAGCACACUGUAAACUUCAAAAACUUCACAUUUCAUCAGGUGGCCCCAAAGCUGAAAGUAAAUGAAUCUGUACAAAUUAAACCUAGUGGAAUGAAGUAUGCACUUGUCAAUGUAAAUGCUUCAGGUCUUCCAGAAUCUCUUGUAACAAAAGUUCAUGUUUUGGAAACCAUGUAUAAAAAUGGAGAGCUUACCUUAAUGGGAUUAAAUAAAAAGAAAUCAGAUCUCAUAGAAAAGUUUUUGAAGACCAGUUCUAAUCCUAAAUUAGUGUAUCACCAAAAGAGUGAAUGGUUCAAGAAAGAAAUUCUUUACCAUAGUGAGAUGAAAGUAAAGAAUGACUCUUCACUUAAAAAUGAAGACCUUAAACUUAAUGACAAAAAUAACAAUAAACGGCCUCUUGUAUUACCCAAGAUUCACAGUGAAACAUCAAAUGCCAGUAAAAAGACUGCCUCCAGAUCUCUCUUAUGGGCCGAUAGAAAUGAACCACACGAUGUAGAGCAGUUGAAUGUUGACAAAGAUAAACAAACGAACCUGUUAUCUCCCCAAAGAACUAUGGAAAAUAACAUUUUAAAGCCUGUGACACAAGGAGUGACGAAGGACAAUGGAAGUUUAGCGACAUAUAAGGGAAAGUUUCCCUGGGAGAAACAAGAGGUGUUUAAAGACGUGACUUCUAUAACUAUGAGAGAACCGGGCGAUUACGCUGUGCCACACGUUGGCCACCGACGUCUUCUGGAUAUGUUUGCCGAGUCUUUGCUUCACGUUAAUCGUCUCUAUAAUUCUGAAUACGGUUAUCAGGCUCGAAGGGUUCCUGCUCACAUGCCACAUCUCAUCAGCAAAAAAAUAAUGGAGAAUUUACAAGACAGAUUUAAGGAAGAGUAUCAGCUGACAUCCUUUCACAAGAUCAGACAGGCAAAUGAUAUGCAGUAUGCGUUCUCAUAUUUUUUCUUCCUAAUGAGUGAGAAGAUUACCAGAACCCCAGCAGAAGUGUUUGCUGUCUUUGAUACAGAUGAUUCAGGCACUCUGUCAGACCGAGAGAUCCGAACACUAAUGACUCAUCUAAACGACCUCCCACUUCACUACAGUACUCUACAGGCUCUGCAUCAAGUAAUCAAAAAUUGUUCUGCCACUCAUCACAUUGAACAAGUGCCAACCCCAAUCUAUGAAAGAUAUGCCGAUUCUGAUUUGUCAACUGUGAGCUUGGACCUGGUACUGAAGUGUGAGCCAUUAACAACCCUCCUGAAGAAAUUAGAGAAAGUCCACAAAUACAAAUACAAUCACCAGUCUGACGAUGUCAUUCACUUCAAGAUGGUUACGUCUAAUGUUUCCAUCGUGGUGCACAUGUUAGAUGAAGUACGGAAAAACCCAAGGAAAUUCAUAUGUUUGAACAGUAACCUGGACCCAAGAAGUAAAGAGAAUGACCUGAUUCACGCCCUCGUCCAGGAUACUUACGAGUCACUAUUCCCUGUGCCUUCCUCGUUCGAGUUACCAAUAAACUAUCGCAACCGGUUCCUGUAUGUUCAAGAAUUACAUGCGUGGAGGAAGUGGAGGGAUCUCAUACGUGCUCUGAUCUAUGCCUGUCUGGCCUCAUUAAUAUUUCUUACACUUAUCAACUUCUUCAGUUCAGAGCUUGAAGGCAUUCGUAGAAGAUGGUGCAGAAAGCGAAGACGGAGAGAUGGAUUUGGAGGUGUAAGGGUAUGAGAGACAUGUUGGCAUAACCACUUAAAAUAUUGAAGAAGUUAGGAUUUUACACUGAAAUUAUCGAAAAACAAAACAUUUAUAGUACAGUACUUGACAAGCCACGGUACUGUCCAGGGUGUAUGGGUGACCCAAGUGUUUUCCGCAAUUAUAUUAUCUGUACAGUAUUAGUAUUUGAGGAUAGUAUGAACAUUUUGGCUCCAUUUACCCAGCCAUAUUAAUGCUUUACCACACUGAUUAACCCACGUAUGAGAAUUUUUCCCCCUCGGGCAGCUUGUGUGGCAAUGCUGGACGUAUGAUUAAUGCUCUCACGAUACAUAACUGUGACUAAUUCUUGAUCACUUUUUAUCAUCUGUUUGGUUAUGAUGAAGGCAUCAGCUUUUUAUGAUCUUGUGGACAUAGUGUCAGGUUUACUCCACAUUAAAGAGGAGUGAAAAUCUUACCAACUUUGUAAAAAAUUAUAUCGACAUAUAUCAAAACUCUUAUUUGAAUUUGCUUUAUGUGAUAUGAAAGAAAAAAUUAUGUACCUGUGAUUUGAGCGCAUUCCCUGACUUUCACAGUACUGUAUUGAAAGAUAUUACAGAACAUUAUCUGAAAUAUUUUUCUUUGUAAAUGGCACUAGAAGUUACUUUAGUGUACAGUGAAGAGGGUGAGAUGUGAGCAGCUCCAACAUUAUGCAUUCCAUAUUAUGCAUAUUUUUGCAUUUUUAUAUGAAUUAUUAUUUUUAUUUUUAAAAUUAUACAGGUCAUAUUGUCCACAUUUUAAUUAUUUUUUUACUUAAAAAUUUUAUAAAAUUUUGUUUGACUGUAAACAAAUUUAAUGGUUUAAUAUAUUUUAGGCAAUAUUUUAUUUAUUUAUUAUUUAAUAAUGGAGUAAUCCGUAAAAUGGUGAUGGUAAUGAUGGGUAUGAGUGAACCAUCUGAGGGUUGGUUGUGAAGUAUCGGGUACACUCAGACCAAGGAACACCUGGGACAUGAAACACAGGUACCAAGUAGAUUCUUGAAUUUGUUUAAUUUAUAGCAAAGAAAUAGUUAUGAUAUUUACCAGUCUCUGCACAUGACAAAUGCCUGGUAAAAUAAGGUCCAAUCCUAACAGAUCCAGUCUUAGUGGGCCUCAAACAAACCUAAUGCAGACACUCCCUGGGUUACAGAACACUUGGUUUACAGAAAUUUGAGGAUCCAGAUUGCCUCCCUCAAGUCCCAUUAUACAAAUUUUCAGGAUGCGCAGAGAAUUUCUGUUAUUAUGGAAGGUAACUAGUACGGCGUAACAACACUAUUUGUGGAGGAUUAUGCUUAAGGAGGCUGAGCGCAUCCCUUUGUGAGACGCCAUCUGUGAUUCAGUACAGGGUACAGUACAUAUUUACCUUAUGGAAGGGUCAUUUUCAGUUUACAGAAAAUUUGGCUUAUGGAUAGGGUCCAGGAACAGAACCUUUCCAUAAAUUGGGGAGUGUCUGUACUGUAUAACCAUUAAGAUUGGAGGCUCAGUCAUAAGGUGCCCCAAUCUUAAUACAGUACUGUACGUCCCAGCACUAGUGGGUUAUAUUAGGUUGGGGCAUAUUUGGACUGGAGCCCUUAUAGCUUGCCACUAUAUUACAAUAUAAAUUCCCUUCAGUAUAACUGGGUGAUGUAUACAAGUAUUAUCAUCUAGAUUCAGAGAAAGAAAACUAUCAUACACAGUGUUGUAUGUUAACGCCGUCAAUGGAUGGCGGCAAAUUUUUGUUACGCUACCGCCAUAAUUUUUUUUGGCAGGUGAAACAGUCAACUUUUCACCCGAGCGUCAAGCGUCAAUUGUUUCGUCAACUAAUAAAAUUUUCGAUUUUUCCAAGUUCAAUUUUCAAUUAUCUUAUUAUCAAGACGACCAACAAGGCCAUGAGGGAGUUGUUCAUCAAAUACAACACCCCCAUCCCCUCUAGUGCUGCCGUGGAGCGCAUGUUCUCCAUGGGCAAGGACGUCUUGAGCCCCAAGCGCAGCAGAAUGAACGACAAGCAUUUUGAGAUGCUAGUAAUCUUGUGGGGGAACAAAUGAAUAAUUACAAUAAUAGAAUAUAAAUCAUAAUAAAUGAUUAAAAAUUAAUGAAUAUUUUUUUUAUUUUGUAUAUGUUACUCCCACACACAGGAGAAUAUGCGUUUCGGGGCUGUAUUUGUACGUCACUGAGAACUCGUUGACGCUAACGCCGUCAAUUUAUGACAUCGUUUACGCCGACGGCAUCAAAUUUCUCUGCCGUUUACGCUACUUUUUUUCGUUGACUCGUACAACACUGAUCAUACAGUUAAGUAGAAUUUGGUAAAGAAAUUUAUUGUUCUUGAUUUUGAAAUAAUUUGUUGCAGCAUAUGUUUCCUGGUACCAUUUGCUCAUAAGAGGACAGGGUCAUCUUAUAAUUCUUCUCGAGUGAAAAUUUAUCGUAUUUGGAUGUAACCGAGAGCAAAGGAAAGUAGGGAGUCUUAACACCUAGAGUCAAAUUAAGAUACAAAUAUAAGACAUUAAUAGCAAAACCUGCUAAACAAUGACAAACAAAUCGUAAAUGUUAAUUUUACAUCUCCUUCAUGCUGGGGGAAUAUAAUGUUUGAUGUAAUACUAUUUAUUUUCAUGUCCUGUAAUAAUAUGUUGUGCUCAAGUGACUGUACUGGUAGUAUCUUAUGUGAUACUGAUGACAAGGAAGCAGCAUGUCAGUUUUGCUUAAUUCAUAGAAAUAUAAAGAUUGAUUUUGUACUCUGCAGCAUUCAGUGAAGCUGUGAAGAAGUAAUUAAUAAAGCAGUUCUAUUUCCUUGUUUCACUGAUGGCAUUGUUGCAGCUUUAGAUUUUUUAGAAUGAAAGUAUUGAUUUAUUUUUUCUUUUCUUUUUUUCUCCCUGGCAGAAAGGGUUAGAGGGUUAAGUGACGGUGCUGUCCCUCGUUUGUGUGUGUAGACGCGUAGGCAAAUGGUUUCUGCCCAAUAACUAAAGUUCUCUUAGAUGCAUUACAACUAAACUUAAAAUAUCAGUACAUUACACACACCCUAUUGAUCUUGACCUCUGUUGUAGGAUCAAGUUUGUUGUUGUUGAUGGAUUUAGUUGUGUACAUGUGAAUGAUACGAAAUUUGCAAAGGCUUUUAUUGUGUCUUGUUGUUGCUCUAUGUAUUUGCACAUUAAAUGCACCGUCCUCUAAAAUUGGGAGAGAUCUAAGUUCUAUUAUUUAACUGUACACAUUCUGUCAUUCAACAUACUGUACUGAAUUAUCAAUUUUUUUUUACUUGAAUUACAAAUCUUACCGGAGAGACGUUGAGACAUUCUGUGAUAUUAAGAAAGAUGCGUAGGCCAAAAUUAGACCCCAUUAACCUUUUGUCCCUAACUAUUCAAUACCCAGCAAUAGUGGAACUAGUUGAUGGCAGCUGGGGUGAGGGAUGUGUUCAGCUCGUGUUUCUACUUAUUAACAAGCUUGCUGCUAUGUGAUAAAGACACUCUGAAAUAUAUUAAUUAUGAAUGAUAGAAAAAAUCCCCAGUUUACUCAUAUAACCUUUCAGUAAAGUUAGUAAGGGCAGUUCCAAAAUACUGUACAGUAAUUAUAUAGCUAUUAGUUGUCGUUUAAGAUUCAUUGGUGUCAAAAUCUUCCCUGUUAUUUAGAAUACUUUUACAUCAUUGAAUCCCCUUAUUCAUGAGACUUCAGCUUCCCAUACAAGCGAGAAUGGAGGAAUGGUACGUGAUAAAGACGAGAACUCAAAUUAUUUACGGUACAAGGACUUUCUCCUCAGCGAUUCCUUCCGUUCUCGAGGUUUUUGUUUUCCAUAUUGCACAACGUGUGGGAGUGGAUGCAAUGGUGGAUUAGUGGAGAGAAGAGUGUACUGUAUGUUAUGCAAGUGGUUUUUCUCCAAUUUUAAACUUAAGAGAUUGCUCAGAUGACCCAUGAAAAAUGCUCAUGUAGAUAGGCAGUUCACGAGAUGUGUGUUACCUGAAGUAACAACAGGGCUACAAAUAUUGGCUGUUAACAGCUAAGCUUCUGCUCAGAAUAAGUAAAAAGAACUUAGUCAAAGUUCAUAAAAUUAAAAAAAAUUAAAACUGCCCCAAGGUUAUUACAUGCUCAUAACUUAAUAUUAUUUGCAUCCUGUUUCUUGGAUCAAGCAAUAUAUCUUCACUUAUUUGAAUUUUAAUACACAGGCAUAAUUCCUUUUACUCUCGAAAUGAUAUUAAUACUGUACCAUUAUUCUUUCAGGUUUUAUAUAAUUACAAAAUAAUUCUCAUUUGUCAGGGCUAUUUUUUACACAUCUUAGCUUGGCUGAUAUUUUGGGCACCUGCAGCCAUAUUGUGAUGGUCGAGAUACUUUAAAGAAUUCUAAGCAAUAAUAUGAUGGCUGUCAGAUACUUUAGUUAAUUUAAAGCAAUAUUGUGUUGGUUGGCAGAUACCUAGAGAACAGAUAGCCAUAUUCUGAUGGUUGUUUGACAAUUCUGGAACUUACAGCUACAAAGUGAUGGCAAUUAUGAAUUUAAGACAGCAGCCCAAGUGCUAAUGGUGUCCAGUACAGUAUUGGAUACUUUUAAAUCUACUCAGUUGGUGCUGUAGGACAAUGUACACUCACUCCAAAGAGUACUGUAUCACACAUCACAAGGGUUAACAGGUGCAGAACCCUUUUGAUGAAUAAGGAUUAUCUACUUACAAAAAAAAUUUAUUCACUUAUUUCACACUGCAGCCGAUUUAUUUCAAUGGGUUUGGGUAUUGCCAAUCUCCAACAGCUAGAAUUCACCCUAAGAAUAGACCUACCCCAGCCCUACCCAACCUAACACUCAGCAUCCAUAACUCAGGGUUGUUCAUGGGCAUACAGGGAGAUUUUCAUUCCAUCAGGUGGCAUUUGUUACGAGAUACUCAAAAAUAUCGUUGAAUUUUAGUUUAUAAGAGUCGGUGCAUAUCAGACCUUUCCUGGUGUUUAAUAGUAACGGUUAAUUGUGUUUAGAUCAUUCAUAAUUCUUCGCUUGGAAGAUUAGUGCAGUGCUUAUUAAAAUUGGUAAUAUUAUUGCAAGUAGAGUACAUGUGUUAACCCAUUGUGUACAGGGUUGCCUCUGUGCUGAAUAAAAUCGUCUGCCCUUAGCCAAAUAAAAUAUUAAAAGUAACGUCCCCAUAGUCAAGGGUUAGUGGAGAUCGUCUACCAAAAUUUUGUGUACAGGGUGACGUCUGAGCUGAAUAAUGUUGUCUGCCCAUAACCAAACAGUGAAGGGUUUAAAUUGUUGUAAUGAUCACUUGGUAAGGAAUCCUUCGUUCCACACAAUGACAAAAGGAUUCCACUUCAUAUAAAGCCAGAUUAUAAUAGUAUAGUCCUUACACAGUGAAAUAUAGGAUACUGUCUCGAGUCAUUCGUAAAUUUGUUAAUGAAUGCUUUUAUUUUACCCUUGACUUUUUAUAUUUUUCUUUGUACCCCAAGUUAGUGAACUUGUAUCGGAUACUUUAAAAUUAGUGAUAAGAUCGAAAAUGUGAAAACUAACUAAGGCAAGAUAUGUCCUUAGCUCUUAUACUUUUUGCCUGAUGAAAAAUAUAUUACAUGCUUUGAUUUUAUUUGUAAACUCAGUGUAAUGAAACUUGUAUGGUUAUCAACAUAGCUUGAGAAGAGGUGUUUUGCACAUUUUUUUUUUAUUGUAAGCUUUACCUAUGGCAUUUUAAGUACAGGUGUCAAACUGUUUUACAAACUUAUUAACACGUACUGUAAUGCCAUCCUAUUAUUAUUUUUAUGCUUCCACUAUGCAGCAGAUGGGAUAAGGUGUUUUGCUCAAGUGUCUCUGUCCGUCCUGAGUUAUUAUUUGUAUUAUCGCAAAAUAUUAUAAUGCAUAACUUGAUUUUUUUUGUGCUUAAUAAUAUUUACUUGCAGAUGUCCCCAAGUCUAAAUUUAUAUACUUAGGCUAUGAUGCUUGAUGAGUUGUGCUCUCGUUAACAAAACACACAGAUUUUACAUACGAAAGUUUGAAUUUGUUUUAGUAAAAGUUUGGCAUAACUCAUGAGCAAUGGGUCAUGAUGUUUUGUGUGGUAAUUAUAUUUACAUGAAAACGACAGAUUAGGUAUUUUAAUUUUGUUUUUCUCAUAUAAAUAGAUUUAAGGCCUAUGACAUAAAUACCAUGUCAUAAAGAGAUUGAUUGUUACCGAGUGAAUAUGCAAAAAAGAAAAGAAAUAAAAACAACUGUGACAUCAUCCUUUUAGUGUUAAGUGUCCAACACCUCUCAUCAUCAGUCAUCAACAUCCAAAAGGUGUCAUCAUCCUGUCAUAACACUAUAUAUUCAGUCUAUCCUUAUAAACUGGUAGUAGAUGCCUUCCCAUACCCUCUAUAUACUGUAAUAUCAUAAUCUUCUAACCUGAUCUAAUCAAACCUUAACUUAACCUCCAUGUAAUAUCAUAAUCGGCUAUGUCCUGCCUGUAUUGUCAUCUCCUUGUAUCCAUAUUGAUUCAGUCUGACAGUACUUGUGACCAGAGCAAAGAUCUCUUGGAGUUAUUGUCACUGCAGGCAUCACAGAUUGUGGUGUUUCCUUCAUUUUUAUAUGGAAAAGCUUGUCAUACUGUUAACUACACUUUUGACUUGUGUCAUUUAGUUUCACAGUUAUUUAAUUUCAUAACUCCAGAGUACACUAAAACCUCCUUCAUAACUGAAAGAGUACCUUUACACUAAAACCUUCAUACAUCACAGCUCCAUACUUUGUAAUCUCACUUAACACAGAUAUUUUUUACAAAUUCCGAACCACAAAUGUUAUUUCAACCUAUUCUGAAUUAUAGUAAAUGUAGCCAAGUGGCACUUAGCAUCCUCUUGCCUAGUAGCUGCCAGAGGCAGCAUCUGUUAAUAAGGGUGGAUUUUCCACAUAAGCAGAGGUACAGUACAUUUCUUCACUCUGACAAACUUUUGCAUUUUAAAGUCUUGAUAGUAAAUCUUGCAUCGGCCAUGCAGGGGGCAUUGUAUGUGAUCACAAUCUGCCUUAUUUCAAUAAGAGUAAAACCUCUAUUACUCUGAAUUAUGAAGGUUUUAGUGCAUCAUUCUUCAUUUUUCAAACACUAUGGAUUUAGGACCUUUUUUUUUUCUUUUUUCUCUUACUCUGGAGGCUGUCAUGACACCCUGGAGACCGCCACUAUACACUAAUGUAAACUCCAAAAUUCUGUUACAUUUUUAUGCCCCCUACACCCCUCUCCUCCAUCUGUCCGUCCAAAACUAUGAUUAAAGUGAAUGUGUGAAAUUUACCAUGCACUGUUCCGUAUAAUUUUGGGUGCUAAAUCAAUUGAAGAUUAUAUAUUUGUGCCUUUGUCAGUAUAUUUUUUUAAUUAAAAUUUUGUUUCUUUCGAACAAAAAGUUGUUGCAGGCAAGGAAUUCUGUAGGAUAAUCUGUGUUUUACUUUCAGUGUUCUUGUUAUGGGCUAUUUUAAUAUCUUCUGACUAUCCACUAUACGCUAGCUAGACUCAUAAAUACAGUAUAGUGAAAAUAAUGUCCUUUUAUGGGUCACAUCGUAAUCUGAUACUAAAGCUAACUUUUCUCUGUUUUUAGUGGGAACUACAAUAUGUCACUCUUACAAUAUUUUUUUUAUCUACUUUUUUUCAAUUACUAAAGCCAGCUCAUAUGAAUAACAGUCCUGACAGAUUGACUGACUGACUGAGCCACUGACAGAGUACAUUGUUAUUACCCAACCUACACCACCCAACCUAAGAUGACAAAGAUUAUGACCAAAUUCUUGCUAAUGUCUUUUAUUUAGUUAUGAUCAUAGAUAAAAAUUAGUAACCAGAUGAAACUUACUAAUCUUUCUUCACAAUGAUUUCUCCAAGUACCAACACAUUAAAAAUAUUUUUUUUUCUCUGCUGAGCAUUUUAAUUUUCCUCCGGCUUUGUCAAAACUUGCUACCCUAAGAAAUUAAGUGAUUAUCAUUGUAUACCGUAUAUUUCUCAAGCUUUGUCAGAGAUACAGACCUUACCGGUAUUUACCAAGUGAUCUAACAUGACAACAACUCCAAAAUGAUUUGGUUUGAGAAACUUUACCUUAUCCUCUUUGAUACUUAACCACUUGGGCAGUCGGUCAGGUCUCUGUUACACACUGUUGGCAAGUACUAUACUGGGCAUGUACUGGCUCCAGAAUGUACAGUUGUGGACAAAAAGAAUUCAGCAGCUAGGGAGGUAGGUGGUGUAUGGGAGGGUAUGGCUAGGUGGAGACUUGGCGACAUCGCAUAUAAAUGGCGAUUAAAAGUGCGAUUUUCCUUCCACACCAAUUUUUUUUUUUAAAUUAUAAGACAAAUGCAGCUUACAAUUACGACCCCAUUUGGUUACUCACGGAAAGUCAUGUGAAGCUGAAUGCAAUCCCCCUCAGACAGCAUUAUCACCAAAACACGACAGAAGACAUAUCUUACAAGGUUCAGAACUACUGUACAGACCAGUGGACUUUAAGAUGAAACUAAACACAUUCCUUUGGGUGGUCUCAUCUCCUCACACCAAGACAAAGUAUUUUAAUAUCUACUUUCUUUGAUACAGAGUGUAGGUAUUUUUUAAUAUAUGGAUUACGGAAAAGGUUUUUUAUUUGAUAUUUACUCUUUGAAACUGCAAGGAGACAAUUUAUUUGAAUGUAACAGCUUUAAUGGUGACUUAUGGUCCUAUGGUGAAAAAAUUUACAUUCCUUAUGAAUUAACAUUUUUAAAAAGUUUGUCAUCAACAGAGAUGUCAAGUCUGACUGUAAAUAAAAGGUUGUUCUCUGAAUGAAGUUAUCAUCAAAUGAUGUACAAGAACAAAAAUGUACCGAGAUGCACAGUGUCCCGGAUUGUGUGUAUGGAGACGUAAUGUAAUCUAUCUCGCCCUGUGUACCGGGACAAAAUGUGUCUUGAACUGUGCUUUAUUCAGUAUAGUACUGUAAUUGUUAAUCAUAUAUCACUGCACAAUAGAUUUCCAGCCCAUCAUAGCACACGUAUUUUUUUUAAGUUUUGAUAACUUUUUUCUUCUUUGGUGUGUGUGUCUGUGUCAAAGUAAAGAGCAUUUCUCUAGAAAAUUUAAGUUUUUUGGUUUACUCCUAUUCUGUAAUUUAGUUUCCCAUUUUCUGCUGUAUGUUGUUAACUUAUUGAGUGGAUCUUGUACAUACUGUGUUGAAACAUUGUACAAAUUAAUGUAACUGUACUGUACUAUAUUUCUAAAUUUGUUACCACUCAAGAAUUUUUUUUUUUUUUUUUUAUGAAAAUUGCAUUUACACGUACUUUAUAUUGAUAACAUAAUAUAACCUAACCUAAGCUAACCAUGGCUUCAUCGCCUCCAAAAUAAAGACAGUCUAAAUUUAACAAGUAUAACACGGUAUUCAAUAGACCAGUGACAAAUUAUCUGAUGAUGAAAUGUUCGCCUAUCAUUGUUAAGAGUAAUCAUGUUGUUGAGUAUUUGUCUGACAAGUGACACAUCAAUACUGAACUACAGUACCUUCCAAACAAUCUUUAUAAUAUUCAUUAGAAAUCUAUUUACUAAAAUGUUCCAUGUGGUUGCGUGUCAAGUAACUUCUAUUUUACGGUCGACGUACACAUGCUCCAAAAGAUAUCUUUGCAAUUUUGUUUUAGACAAUAUGACGUAAUGGACAAAGAAUUUUGACAACCCUACCGAGACAACAGGAGUCGUAGAGUUCAUUUUGAAAUUCAUCGGAGUCUGAAUAACAAAUUAUUACCUGCUACUUUUGAUAUAUUCACAUUAAUCACUGGAUACCCUCCAUAAAGGCAUGUCAAUCUGUUAGAUUAUGCAUUGAAUAGAAGCUGAGUAAGGUAUAUUGUGUGUAGGAAAGAUUAAUAAUUUGUGUCCUAAACCCUGAACACACACAGAUAAAUGACUGGGUAUCUACAGUAUUAGAUACUUAUAAAACAGCCAGACAACCCCCAACAUGCUGAGAUGAGUCGGUACAUUACUCUAUACUGUUUUGUGAUAUAAUUUUAGCAUAUUCCUGUUUAUUUACUAAUUUGUCAGCCAUGCCAACGUUGAUCUAUUCAUCUAUAUACUGUACUGUAAUUUUUCUGAAGAUAAAACUUUAUACAUACAGUACAGUCUGUAUAGUAGUCAAGAUACAAAGACUUAUCUAUGAGCCAAGUGUUUACUGUAAGAGUCCUCGAGACACAUCUGUUACAAGACAUAACCACUUUCACUUAACCACAUGGAAUAUUUUUUAGUAAAGAGUAAUAUCUGAUAUGUUCCAUAGAUAAUUCAAUGUUCUGUAGAUUGAUUGAAUAAUUAUGUUGUACAUUAUUAAUCAGAUACAGUACAGUAUAGGUUCAAUAAUGUGAUAAAUCUUAUCUUAAAGUACAGUAAGUAACAUCAAGAAUUACACCAAAACAGAUUCAUCAUUAGUGGUUCUGCAAAUAUAUUUAUACUAUUUCUCAAUACAGUACAGUGUGGGAAGGAGUAGUUGGGUGAGGUUGUAAAAUUCAGCAGGGUACAGGAGGCCACAUAACAGCCUAGGAGCAAUUGAAUGAAAAAGUGUCCAAGAGGUAUUUAACACCAACAUUUCAUUUUCACCAAUUUUAGGGAGAAGGAAAUCCAUUGUGCAGUGUUAGUUCAUUAUUCCUAGGUGAUAAUUAAGUAAAGCAUAACUAAUUUUUAUGAUUACUUUCAAUUUAAUUUAGGGAUUCCAGUACAGUACUGUAUUAUAUUUUAUCAACUUGAUCAUCAUUCUAGUCAUCAUUCAUCGGCAAAACUAUUUUGGGGAUUUUCUGUGAUCACAAAUAAAAACAAUAAUAAUAAA